AUGGACGAAGAAGCUAAUUCUAAUACUAUCACAUCUUUAGAAGCUGAAAUUAAUAAAUUAAGAGAAGAUUUGGAAAAACAAAAGAUGGAAGGUGAUAAAGAAGUUGAUUUAAAUGAAAAGAUCGCAUCUUUAGAAGCUGACAAUAGUCCUGCUCCAUGA